AGGCCAGCCUCUCCGGCACCGGACGAGGGGGUGUCGCCCGAGAGAAGCCGCUGCAGGCUGCAGAGUCGCCGCCCGCGCCGCCCGCAGGGAGACCCCCGGCUGCCCACCGCGACCUCGCGCACUCGGACGGCGGAAGACAUGCCCGAGGACACGGGCCUCUCCUUGCUGGAGCCGCUCAGCCUCCCCGGCCUGGCCCUGGCCGCGGCCCUGCUGCUCCUCGCCCUGUGCCUGGGCUCCCGGCGCACCAGGAGACCUGGUGAGCCUCCAUUGAUAAGAGGUUGGCUCCCUUAUGUUGGAAUGGCCCUGAAAUUACAAAAAAAUCCCUUAGGUUUCAUAAAAUCUCUUCAAAAGCAGCAUGGUGACACUUUUACAGUUCUCCUUGGAGGGAAGUACAUAACAUUUAUCUUGGACCCUUUCCAGUACCACUUACUAUUGAAAAGUCACAAACACUUAAGCUUUCGACAAUUCAGUAAUAAGAUAGUAAAUAAAGCAUUUGGUAUCAAGAGCUUAGCAAGCAGUGCUGACCUGGAUGAUGAACUUCACACCUGCUAUCAACUUUUGCAAGGCAAAUCUUUGGACAUACUCUUGGAAAACAUGAUGCAGAAUCUAAGACAAGUGCUUGAACACAAACUAUCAAAGACCACAAGUUGGAACAUGGCACAAAUGUUUACGUUCUGCAGCUCAGUAAUAUUUGAGGUCACGUUUAUAACCAUAUAUGGAAAAGUUAUUGCUGAUGACAGGAAAGACUAUAUCAGUAAGCUAAGGGAUGAUUUUAUAAAAUUGGAUGACAAGUUUCCAUAUUUAAUGUCCAACAUACCCAUUGAGCUUCUAGGAGAUGUCAAAACUGUUCAGAAGAGGCUUAUAAAAUGCUUAACAUCAGAAAACUUAGCUAAGUUACAAGGAUGGUCACAAAUUGUUCAAAUGAGGCAAAACAUUUUGGAGAAAUAUCUUGUGCAUGAGGACUUUGAAAUAGGAGCACAUCAUUUAGCCUUUCUCUGGGCCUCUGUGGCAAACACUGUUCCAGUUAUGUUCUGGGCACUGUAUUAUCUUCUGCGACACCCAGAAGCUAUGGCAGCGGUGCGUGACGAAAUUGACCAUUUGCUGCAGUCAACAGGUCAAAAAAAAGGGUCUGGAUUUUCCAUCUACUUCACCAGAGAACAAAUGGACAGCCUGGUCUACCUAGAAAGCACCAUUCUUGAGGUUUUACGACUGUGCUCAAUUUCAAGCACCAUUCGGAGUGUUGAAGAGGAUUUGGCUCUCAAUUCAGAGACCGGGGAGUACUGUGUGCGAAAAGGAGACUUAGUAGCCCUCUUUCCUUCAAUCGUACAUAAGGACCCCGAAGUCUUUGAAGCUCCAGAGGAGUUUAGAUACGAUCGCUUUACAGAAGAUGGUAAGAAGAAAACCACCUUUUUCAAAGGAGAGAAAAAGCUGAAGUUUUACCUACUGCCAUUUGGAUUUGGAGCCAGCAAAUGUCCGGGCCGAUUUUUUGCAGUUACUGAAAUAAAACAAUUGUUGAUUGUACUUUUAACAUGUUUUGAUUUAGAAAUAGUUGACAGUAAGCCUAUAGGACUAAACUAUAGCCGCUUACUGUUUGGUACUCAGUCUCCAGAUUCUGAUGUUUUAUUUAGGUACAAGAUGAAAUCUUAGAGAAGUUAAAAGGAAAGAAAAGAAAUCUAUCAAAACUAACCUAAAUGUCAUAAGCACAGCUAUUUGUUUUUAAUUUCUGUAAAUGUAAUUGCUUUGUUUGUUUGUUUAAAAAGUGCCAAUUUCUAUUUGAUCUGAGAUCAGUCCAUUUUGGACUCUGUCAUAGACCCUAUCAUAAAAUAAAAGAGAAUGAUAGCAUGGAAAUGGACAUCAAAAUCAACUUAAUGAUAAGCUCAAAAUAGCUUAUUUUACUUUCUACUAUUGCAAUUUUCACUUGUUAUAGUAAACGUACCUUUACAGCAAUACUUGGCACUGUGGGAUAUUUUUUAAGUAACUCAAAUUCUUCUCUAAUGUGAAGAACACACUGUAUGUACUACUGAAAAAUUGUGCUGGCAAUGGACACAGUCUAACAAAUUUCAAAUUCUCAAAUGAGAGGAAAAUUAAAUUUCCAUGAUCUACACUGGCUGAAAAUGUUCCCUUCAAGUGUAAUAUCAAUAAUAUCUAUAUUGCCAGUGUACAUUUGCAUUAAAUGAGUUUUGCAGUAGAUUAAACGCUUCAACUUCACUUCAAUAUUUAAUCAUCCAUAAAUGAUCUUUAUUACUUUGUAUACUAUGGCUCAAUGGAACAAAAUUUCUUGUAUUACAUAAGACCUCUCAUAUUCAAGUUAGAUACUGAUAAGGUAUAAUACAUAAGAAAACACAAAACCUAUUAUAUAUUCAGCAAUGGCCCUAGACAUUAGUAUUAGGUUUAUGAUAGGAGACAAUGUUGAAAUCAUUACAACAUCAAUUGUAGCGUGUGGCUUUAGUGUAAGCUAUGAGAGUUAUGCUAGGGUUGCAGUUAACCCUUUCCUGAAUGCUUCCACUUAUAUAAACAGAGAAACUAUAUAGCAGUAUUUGUUCUUGACAGUUCACCUUUUGGACUUGGAGUUUAUUUGUGUUAUUUUGAAUUACAACAUUAUAUUAUGCAGUAUAAUUUUAUAUGACAGACACAAUGCAGCAUUCUGUCAAUGAUUCAAAGCCUUCUUAUAUCACAUUACCCCUUGAUUGGCAUAUGACUUAAAUCAUGAUGCAAUAUACAAAGAGACAAGGCAGGCAAUAAAGCCCAGUUAAUUCAUGUUGCAUUAAUUGGAACUUUUAAUAUUUCAGAAAUU